GCCGGAGGAGGAGUCGGGUACCGAGAGGCACGGGAAAAAUAACGAAGAUAGCGAGAUCUCGGUCAAUUAGUGUGCAGGAACAUCGAGGGCUGAGAGAAAGGCUGGAUUCUGCUCGUGAUGUUCAGCCGACUUUCAGGUCUCGCUAACACGGUCUUGCAUGAACUCUCUGGUGAUGGAGAGGGAGCUGAAAAUCCAGAGAUUUCGGAUCCCAAGGGGGAGUCUGGUUUACAGGAGGACAUGUCAGAGGACCAGAAAGAAAGAUUGGCCCACUAUGAACAGCUUGUGGUGCAGCUGAAGGAACUGAUCCAGCAGAAAGAUACAGACAUACAGCAGAGAGACGCACAACUAAAGCUUGAACGGGAGUCUUCAGAUGCUAAAUUUGCCAAACUGAAGCUUCAGGCAAAGGCAAAAGUGACAACUUUGAACAAGCAAAUUGAAGAACUAAAGAGGACUGCAGCUAAUCAAGUUUACCAAGAUGGUAGUGGGGAGCCAUGCAUACAGGGGAAGGUGGAGAUUACACAGGACAUUGAGGAAGAGAGAAAGAAGCUGCAGGAUACUGUGUCUGAUCUAACACGACAGCUCCAGGAGAGACAGGAGAGUGUCAAUGAGCUUACAAGACAGCUUCAUGAGAGUCAACAAAGUGUAAAUGAGCUCACGAGACAGCUCCAUAAAAGUCAGCAUGAUGUCGCCGAGCUAACAAGAGAGCUCAAUGACAAUCAAGAGACUGUGAGACAACUACAUGAAAGGCAGAAGACACAGGAAGCAGAGACUCAGCAUUUGCAAAGAAAAUUGGAAGAGCAUGUUGAAACUCUUAGUUCACGUACACAGAUGUUGGAGAUGUUGGAACAGGAACUACAGAGUGCGGAGGUCCAGAAACAGGUUCUCUCUGAACAGUUCCGGCAGAUGGAGAGGGACCUGCUAUCUCUAAAAGAUAAUCUAGACAUGGAGAGGAAAGAGAAAUCUUGCCAAUCUGCUACAUUUGAGGAACUCUUAAAAGAGAAAGACCUUUUCUGUCAGAGACUCAAGGAUGACCUGGAAAAAGAAAGAGCUGCUAAACAAGAAUUAGGUAGAUUGGAUGAUGAGUUAGGAAACAUAAGAACUGAGUUGGAAAGAGAAAAACAUGCACACGAAUUGUUGAAACAAGUUACGGAGGAGUUGAACGGAGUGAAGGGAGCUCAGGCUGAGCUGCAAAGAAUGAGACAGGAGCUGCAGAGAGAGAUAGUAGCUCAGGAGGCACUUCAAGAAGUUGUUGAAGAGUUGGAAAGGGUGAAGGGAUCACAGGACAUGCUUCAGAGCACAACAUGUGAGCUGAACAGGGAGAGAGAUGCUCAGAUGAUGUUGGGGCAAGUAAGAGAGGAGCUGGAGAAUGCGAAGGGAGCCAAUGAAGAGCUGAAAAGGAUGCAUUAUGAGCUGAAGUGUGAACAAGAAGCACAGAAGAAGCUGAGAGAAGAGCUAAGGAGUGAGCACACUGCUCAGGAUGAGCCUGAAAUAAAGAAAGACGACCUUGAGAGAAGUGAAACUCACAAAGAGAUGGAAGUGGUGCAGAUGGAGCUGGAAAGAGAAAAACAAGGUUGUGAUGAAUUGGAUAAAGUUAAAUUGGAGUUAGAAACACCGCAUGCAGCUCAGAUAGAGUUACAGAAAGUAAAAGAGGAAUUGGAAAAGGCAAGAGGUGUCCACGAUGAGCUUAACAGAGUAAAAGAGGAGUUAGCGAGGUUGAGGGGAGCUCAGAGUGAACUGGAGGGAUUGAAGAAAACACUCACAACAGAAAUGGAAGUUAUGGGUGAUGCUGAGAGAGUCACUAGGCAAUUAAAAGAGGAGAGGUCAGUAAAUGAUCAUCUGGACAGAAAUAAAAAUGAACAAGCGAGAAUCCUCCUUGUUGAAAGUGGUGAAAAAGAGGCCCCUGAGAAAGGUACGGGUUUUGAAGAAGUACUGGAAAAUGAAGAUCAAGACAUUAGGAACGUAGACAACCAAAACACUGAAACUGAGUUUAAUCUGCACCAGGACGACAAAGUUUUAGAAGAGACAAAAAUGUUUGGAAAACCAGUGCGGCUACAAACGUUGAAAAUGAAACAAGAAGAGAGUAUAUCAGUAUGUCAAGUCACCUUAUCUUCUGAGAGCCAUCACAACUCAACAGAUGGGCAAUCUAUACAGAUGCUGAUGCCUUCUGAUGCUGAAGACUUUACUGUUGCUGUUGAAGGCCUUAGGGAGGAGCAGCUCUCCAUUCUUAUGAUGGACAUCAGGGAUACACAUGAGGAGAUACAAAAGAUGAAAGGGCACCUUACAGAAGAAAGCGGGUCAAAUUAUGGAACAUCAGAACACACAAGAAAGGAGUUGGAACAAGUGACAAAGUUUCACGGGGAGGAAACAUGCACCGCCACUAAUAUUUCAUUCAAAAUCUCAAAUGAUUUGCAUGAAAAAGAUAAGACAAAGGUUUGUGAGGUAGAUGGUGCUAUCGGUGAGAAUGCGUCUUCUUCCCAGUGCAUAGCGUGCGAAACCAGAGAUUGUAAGAUCCUUUCGCUUGAAAAGCUUGUAACCAAUCUUGAAGUCCAAAUGGAGGCUUUAGCCUUGGAAAAGGAAGUAUUGACCGUGAAGCUUGAAAAUCUGAUGCAAGAGCAAGAAUUCACAGAAGGCCUGCAGAAUUCUGGUAUAAACCUAGAACAGCAUCAGAUGAGCAAUUAUGAGAGUCACAACAUGCUGAUAGAGCAAUUACAGAGCACGGAAAAUGAGUCAAAAUCAAAAGACUUAAAAAUCACAGCUUUGCAGAAGGACCUGGAUAAUCUACAGCUAAUUUUGUCUGAGCAAGACUCCCUUUCAAAACAACAAGCAAGACAACUGGAUGAGGAAACGGUCCAUGUGGCGAGACUGCAAGAAAUGCUGGACCAUAGCCAAAGAAAAGAAGAGAGACUUUCUGAGGUGCUUGCUGCUAAUGAGUGUGAAACGGUUUCACUCCAGGAUCUGCUUACUCAGAAGACCAGAGAAAUAGAAAAUUUAAAAUUGGCUCUUUCAGAGAAGGAUCAACAAAUUGCUGAAAUAAGUCACAGUUUUUCCGAUAAGAUGGUCUUCUUAAAUGAAGAAAAAUAUUCUAUGGAUAAAGAAAUUAAAGCACUGAAAGAACAGUUGAACUCUGCAAGCAGAGAGCAGACUGAGGGAGGAGAUACAUCAGAAACACCAGGCAAAGAAAAUGAGGUAGACCUUCAGCUACAAGACUCUCUUUCAAAACAACUAGCAAGACAACUGAAUGAGGAGACCAUCCAUGUGGAGAGACUGCAAGAAAUGCUGGACCAUAGCCAAAGAAAAGAAGAGAGACUUUCUGAGGUGCUUGCUGCUAAUGAGUGUGAAACGGUUUCACUCCAGGAUCUGCUUACUCAGAAGACCAGAGAAAUAGAAAAUUUAAAAUUGGCUCUUUCAGAGAAGGAUCAACAAAUUGCAGAAAUAAGUCACAGUUUUUCUGAUAAGAUGGUCUUCUUAAAUGAAGAAAAAUUUUCUAUGGAUAAAGAAAUUAAAGCACUGAAGGAACAGUUGAACAGAGAGCAGACUGAGGGAAGAGAUGCAUCGGAAACGCCAGGCAAAGAAGAUGAGGUGGACCUUCAGUUGAAAUGCAUUGUCAAUGAGAAAGGCCAACUGCAGGAAACAUUGCAGAUAAUGCAGAAGGAGAAAGACGAACUUCACGAACAGCUGGAAACACUAAGACUCUCUAGCAUUAAGGACCAAGAAUUGAUCAAAUCUCUUCAGGAAGAGAGAGGAAGAUUGCAGAUUCAAUGGGAAGCCCAGGAAUGUAAACACCUGGCAAAUCAGGAAAAGUUGCAGAUUCAGAUAGAAUCAUUGAGACAUGAUUAUGUGCAGCAGCAAAAUACAAUGAAAAUACAUCUUGAAACACAAGAGGAACUACAAGAAAAAUUGCGUAUACUGAAAGAGGAGCAACUACGUAAUCUGGAUAGCAUACAGCUUUUGCAGACAGAGAAGAGUGAAUUACAACAUCAGCUGCAAACUACUAUUAACAGUCCAUUUGAAGCAAAAGAGGGCAUUGAGUUGCAGCAUCAGCUAGAAAGUCAGAGGAAGGAGAAUGAACAUCUUAAGAAGAAGUUGCAGGCUGCCCUAGCCAAUAGAAAAGAACUUUUGAAGAAGGUGUCAAAACUAGAGAAGGCGCUAGCGAAAGGUGCAGCAGUGCUGGAAAAAGAGUCUAUUGGUAGUGGCAACAUUGCUGAAGUUAAAACAACCGAGCAAAAUGUAGCUGAAGAGUUCCUAAAACAACAACUUUCUGAAAAAGAAUCAGAACUAGAGAAUGUCAGGAGAGAGCUGCUUGAGAAGAGUGCAGCUGAAGAAAGUCUUCAAUCACUAGUUGAAGAAAUGAAGGUGAAUUUGAACGAGAAGAUCAAAACAAUUGAAUCUCUAAAAACAGAGAAUAUGGAAAAUCUUUCUGUAGUUCAUUCGUUGUCUGCACCACCUCUGUCCUCUGACAUUAAAGACAUGGCGCAAUACGUCAACCCAGAACCUAUAGCUGAUAGCAGAAUGGACCUUGAGAACAGAAUAUUAACUCUAGAACAAGAAAAUGAGACCUUGCAACGCAAAAUUCAAGAUGCUGUGAACUCUAGAAGAGACACAAUCAAAAAGGCAAAAGAAAAGGACAGACACCACCGUGAACAACUGAAGCAACAGAAAGAUGAGUUCAGUCUGUUGCAGGAGAAGUAUAAUGCACUAGAAAAGAAUCAAAAUAUACUGUCAGGGCGCUUAGAGAUCCAGCACGAAAAAGAAACACAAAGUGUAAGUCACAAUUCACCAGAUGAGAUUCCAAGCAAGGAGACAGAAUUUCAGUCCUCAAACGUUACCGUUUUAGAGAAAGGUGGUGAAGACUCUAACUGGGGUAAUGACUGGGUGGAGUUCACUCAAGCAGAGGUUAAAGAUACUCUUGAUACUGCUGCAGCCAAUGAUCUAGAAGCUUAUAAAACACAGUUAAACCUUUUCAAAGCCCAAAGAGAUGAACUGGAAUGCAAGACUGUGGACAUGGAAAAUCAACUUACUCAACGUUUCAAGGAGAUUUUACACCUACAAGAGACCGUGGAGAAUUUAACCAGGCAAUUAGAUGUUGAAAGGGAAAAGCAUUGUGAGUCUGAAAGACAAGCUGUUACUCUGAAAACGCAGUUGGAAAAUAAAUUAGCAGAGUCCUUCCAGGUAUUGGAAUCAGAAACAAAGCAAAUUAAAGAUCAGUUAUAUGCUAAGAAUGAAGAAAUUACGCAUCUUUGUGUAACUCUAGAAGAAAGCUACGAAGCUCUUAAAGCAUCCCAGUCAUGUGUUUUGGAGAAAGACAAUUUGAUUAUAGCUCUUACAACGCAACUGGAGAAUCAAACUAAGGAGUUUAUGGACCACAAAAGCAAGCUUGAAAUGCAGGUUCUUGAAGUUCAAAAGAAACAAGAUGAGGGUGAAGAAGAAGAGUCUAAGAGCAAACAACAGCUUCAGAGGAAACUACAGGCUGCCCUAAUUUCUAGAAAGGAGGCACUUAAAGAAAGCAAGACCUUGAAAUCAACACUUAAAGCAAUGAAAGAACAUGAAGAAGAGCUUUCCAGAAGUCUGUUAGCUGCAGAGCGUUCAGUUAAACAGCUGACUGCAGAAAAUGAUGAACUGAACAAAAAACUAUCCAACCAGAAAGAAGAAAGAGAGAAGCUUAUUGCUGAAGUUGAUAAAUGUCUUAUGGAAAAUCAAAACCUUGAGGCUUCAUGUGAAAGUUUAAAACUUGCACUUGUUAACAUCACACAAGAUAAGGAGCUGUUACAAAAAGAGUUGGAAUCCAUGCGUAUGUCACAGGAAACGCAGAGCUCUGAUUGGCAAGAAAAGCAUUCUGAACUACAGAAAGAGUACGAGACCCUACUACAAUCCUAUGAAAACGUCAGCGAUGAGACAGACAGAAUGAAGCGAGCUUUAGAAGCCGUAAAGGGAGAGAAGCAGGAGAUCUUUAGUAAGAUGAAAGCCGUGGAAGCAGCAAAGCGAGAUAUUGAGAAGCAACUGGAAGAAGCAGAGCAAGAGAUAGAGGGUAUCAAGGAAAAGAUGAGAAAGUUUGCCAAGUCUAAGCAGCAAAAAAUACUUGAGCUUGAAGAAGAGAAUGAAAAACUGAGAGGAGAACAGCCUCCUUUCACCGUGGAACAGAUAGGUCAGCUGGAACAAUUGCAGUCAGAAAAUUUAGAACUAAAGGCUCAAAUUGAGAGAGUGCACACAGAAAGAAAAGAUUUAGAUACCCAGUUAGAAACGGUCCAGUCUGAAAAGGCUGCUUUAGCUCACGAGAAUGAAAAUCUAAAAAUUCAGUUGGAAAAUGUUGAAUUGAAAUUGCAGAAGACCCUUGAAGAGGCUACAACCGAUAUCAUGCAAAAGGAAAUUAUUGUAAAGGAAACAGAGUGUUUGUCUUCGCCGUUGACCAAAAAGCAAGCUGGAGAAGUUAUAAUUAACAAUGAGGUUUCUGAAAUAAACACAGAACAGGAGAACUUGCAGAAAAUAUGCCAACUGGAAGGUCUUAUAGAACAACUUGAAAACGACGCCAGAAAAAGGGAAGAUAAAAUACAAAAAAUGAAAGAAGGCAUCAGCGUGUUAAAAGAGGAGAAGACAAAAGCUGAGAGCAAUUUGGCAGCUGCCCAGGAUCAGGUGAUUAAACUGAAGGAAGAGAUGGUGGAACUGGAGAAUAAACACCAGAAAGCCAAGGAUGAUGUGGAAGAGAUAACGAGGCAAAAGAGCAUCCUAGAGGUAGAGAAGGAUGAGUUAGAAGAGCGUCUGAUGAAUCAGCUUGCCGAACUUAAUGGAAGUAUUGGAAACUACCAGCAGGAUGCUAUGGAUUUACAGAGUAGAAAUGACAGCUUACAAAAAGAGUUACACAAUGUUCAGCUCCACCUGGAGGAGGAAAAGCGGCAGCUCGAGAGACAGAAGGCAGAAGCACUGUCACAAGCACAGAAAGAAUUUGUAGAAAAGUUGAAGUCUGUACAGGGAGAGAAAGGAAGAAAAAGUCAAACAAAAGAGCUACAAGAAUUGCUGAAAGAGAAACAACAGGAAGUACGGCACCUACAGAAAGAUUGCAUAGGGUACCAGGAGACCAUCAGUAGCCUGGAGAGGACCAUCAAAGCUAUGGAGUUUGCCAGUAGUGAAUACGAGAAGGAAAAGUUGGCCUCAAAUGAGAGAUUAGCUAAAGCCUUGGAAGAUGCCCAACAGGCACAAGCUGAACUAAAAUCUCUCCGCAUAUCGCUUGAUGAUGCACGUAAUGAGACAGCAAGGGUCUUAACCGAAAGUAUGAAACUGAAAGAAGAACUGCAGGUAGCAGGAGAGGACAAUGCUUUAACAUUAAAGAAGAAAGACGAGGAUCUGGAAAACAGAUUGGAACAAGAGAGACUUAAACACACAAAAGAAAUGAGGAAUGUGCAGGAGAAACUUAAUUUGCUGCACAGUGAGAAAGAGCAACUGGAGGGAUCCAUCAGCAACUUGCAGAGUGCUCUGGAAAGUAAGGGCCUGGAGAUGAAGGAGAUGCAGGAUAACUUAAACCAAAACAUAGCUAAGCUGGCAGCCUUCACCCGUAGUAUGUGCUCUUUACAGAAUGACAGAGAUCGCAUCAUAGAUGAGUCUAAAAAAUGGAAUAAAACUUUCACUGAUACCAUGCAGGAAAAGGAUAAUGAAAUCACCGAGAAGGAAAAGACUUGUGUAUCUCUUAGAAACCAACUUAAAGAGAUAACUGCAAAGGUUGAGGAGCUACAAAUCCAAACAACCAGACUUGAGCUGGAAAAUCAGGAACUGUCUGCAGCUUUGCAGAGUGAAUCCGAGACUAAUCAAAAGAAACAAGAGUCCAUAUUUGAGGAGAAGGCCAUACUGUCAUCUUGUCUGGAAGAAGAGCAAAAGCUGCAUAGUGCCUGCCAGCAAGAGCUGAAAUUAAAAAAGGUUGAAGCCGAAGAAAGAUUAAGUCGCCUUGAAGCUAUGGAGGACCAACUGAAGCAGCAUACGGGUGAAAAAGAAGAUCUGGUAGCGGCGCUCAAAACGUUGGAGAUGGAUAUGCAACACUGGAAGCUGUCUACUGAGCAGGUUCAAAGUGACCUGCAAGCAUCCAAAAUUCUGACAGAGCAGUUGCAUUGUGAGUUGGAGCAGAAGGAACGGGAUGUAGUAAGACUGCUGAGUGCUCGAGAUGAAGCAGUGAGUGCAGCUGUAGGCGAAUUGCAUGAGUUGCAUGCUGCAGAGACCCGGGUACUUGAAGAGAGGCUGGUUAAAACUGAGCAAGAGAAAAAGCAAGUACAAGAGAAACUAGAAACCAUCACUGCUGAGCUACUAGCCACUCAAGAGGAGGCUUCACGAGGUAAGGCUCAACUAGAGGCGAUUACCAAGUCCAUGUGCUCUCUGCAAGAAGAGCGAGAACGGGUGCUAGGUGAUUACCAACAGCUUGAGCAGCGACACCUCAAUGCAAUUGUAGCCAAAGACGCUUUGAUCCAGGAAGCUGCAAAAGAAAGUAAUGAGCUACGUGAGGAACUAAGAGUUCAUCGUAGCCAUACUGAUGACUUAAAUGCACAGAAUGCCAAGUUAAAUGCUCAGCUGACAAGAUACAGGGAAGAUUUAAAGGAGCUCAUUUCCCUUAAAGAUUCGCAACUGAAACAAUUAUUGGGAGAAAAGAUACAAGAAAUAGAACAAAUGAGGCUGGAACAUAAUGUUCAGGAGCAGCAACUAAAACUUGAGAAAGAUCUUACACAGUCUCUACAGAAAGAACUAGAAGGAGUGAGUUUGGAAAAACUAAAAAUCCAACAGGAGGUUGAAAGCCUGACACAAUUUAUGUCACAGCUACAAAGUGAAAAGGAGGAAAGAGAAAUCAGAUUUAUGGAGGAUGAGCAAGAGAUACAAACACUCAAAGAAGAGGUAUCACGGCUACUAAAGGAAUCUUCAUGUUUGAAAGAGGAGACCUCUAGGGUACAAGCAGAAGCUGAGAGGAAAGUACAGAAUGCAGAGGAGGAACUGCAAAAGCAGCUUAAGAGUCUGCAGCAUGACACUGGUAUACUGCGCAAUGAAACAGAGACUGCAGAGGAGAGAGUAGCAGAAUUGGCCAGGGAUCUGUUGGAAGCAGAACAAAGACUGCUACAGGCAAAUGAAGACAAUUCAUCUCUUAGGGCCCAGCUCCAAGCCUUUGAAGGCUCCAUGAGAUCACUGCAAGAUAGUCACGACUUUGCACAUGAAGAGCUUCAGAGACUUGAGGAGCAGCAAAAGAAGGUGUCGGUGCUCCAAGAAGAGCUCGGCAAUAUGACAUUGGAAAGGAACACAUUGAGGGACUUGGUUUCGCAAAGUGAGGAGGAACAACUCAAAAUGCAAAUUCAGUUGGAAGACCAGGCUAGGUUGUUGCAGGCUCGAGAAGAUGAGUUAAGUAGAAUGACUGAUGACCUUCAGUCUCUGCAAAACCAGCUGGAAACACUUUCUAGAACCAUGGGAAGUCUUCAGGAAGACCGUGAACGACUGCGUUUAGAGCUGAGGAAUUCCCGCGUAGAGUUAGAGAGGAUAUCGCAAAGCCCGGACAUCAGCAUCAGACAGGUCUCUGAAUCUAGUGGCAAGGAUUCCACGCAGGCAAAGCUGCAAAUCAACCAAGAGGAAGUGCAGAACCUUCAAACGCAGCUAACUGACGCACUUGCGCAGUUACAUCACAAAGAGCAGAGGAUUGAGCAGCUUAAUGGCAAACUGUCUCAAAUGUUUGAGGAGAAGAAUGCUCUGUCCAUACAGCUUCGGGGAAGCAGUCAGAACUUGCGAGAUGCUCUCAACCAAAAUGCGUCCCUCGAGAAAAAGCUUUGGGAACUGCAGCCCAAAUCUCAGGAGAUGUCACUGAGCGUUUCAGUUCCUGGAAAUCUCAUGGAGAAGGAAUACCAAACAGAAAGAGAUUGGCAACUGAUGGAAUUGCAGCAACGGUAUCUGGAGGUUGAGCAGUCAAACAGGGAAUUACAAAAUGCAAAGACAGAACUGGAAAGGCAAUUAACAGAGGAGAGUCAGAGAGCAGAUGACCGGGAACAGAAAAUGGAUAACAUGAGAAGGUUUCAGUCACAUGAUUGGUCAGUCCCUCAGGAUCUUGAUGCAUCUCAUGAGCUGUCUUUGUUGAUAGAAGACACAUCAAGAGACAAGGUUCGGAGCUCAACUGUACGUAGAUCCCUGCGUCACACAUUCUGCUCUCGUACACGGACUCCUCUAGUGGCUGCGCUCUACAUUUUAAUAAUCCAUGUAGUAUUGCUGCUCUGCCUCACUGGACACCUGUGAAAGCACUUACUGCACCCUGCAGGA